AGCAGUCAGGAGCAGGGGUGAACUGACAACUCAUGGGGCCCCCGGGCAAUAGGGGAUCAUGGGGCCCCUGUGUCCUUGCCCAAACUCAAAAAAGCCUAUGAAAAAGGUACCAGGGGCAUCUCAUGGGGCCCCCUACUGACCCCGGGCCCUCGGGCAGUGCCCGCGUUUCCAAAUGGUCAGUCCUAGUCAGGAGCCAUGUGGAGGAGGAGCAGACCUGCAAAAUGGGAAGACACAAGUCACUGCUGCUGGAUCAAGCAGAUUAUCUAUCUUCUCUUAAGAAACUUCUAGUCUAGUAUACAAUACUUCUAUUGUUG